AGCCUUCAAAAAGCUUACAUAUUUCAUUUCUCUUACAGCCCAAGUUUCCUUUCUCUAUGCUUCAUUAAUCCCAUGCAAAAAAAAUCGUGCUUAUUUCUUGUUCUUGAUACCUUUACAGCGCAAAGUUCACCAUUUUUGUGUUUCCAGGGUUUGCACUCAUCAGUCAUCACUUGUCAUCUGAAGGUUUUCCCCCUCUGCUUUUAAGAUCCCUUUUCUGAAUCCCUUAUAAAGAUUCGACCUUGGUACAAAAAUGGGUCUCUCAAGUCUUCCAGCUCCAUCAGAAGGAGUGCUAUGUGUACUCUUGGUAAACACAGCUUUAUCCAUAUCUAUUGUUAAAGGCAUAAUCCGAUCAAUCCUUCACAUUGUUGGUAUCCAUCUUUCGUCAUCCUCAUCAGCUUCAGACUCCGUUGAAAACCCCUCAGAAUCAUUUGACUUCCACCUUAGUACUUCUGAUAGUUACAUUGAGGAGUUCCGGAGUAGGACCCCGGCAAUUCGGUUUGAUGCUGUAUGUAGCUGCAAGCUGCCUGAGCAUGACUGUUCAGUUUGUCUGACUCAAUUUGAGCCUGAAUCAGAGAUUAACCGUUUGUCCUGUGGCCAUCUAUUUCACAAGGUGUGCUUGGAAAAAUGGUUGAAGUAUUGGAACGUUACAUGCCCUCUUUGCAGGACUCCCCUGCUGCCUGAAGAGGAGGCUUCUUGCUUUUGGUGAGAAUUUUACGAGUGUGCAGAGAUGAGUAAAUUUCCUUGUACAGCGUGUUUAGUGUACAGGUAUUUACAUAAAUGUUAUCAGCCUUGGCUUAGAGUUAGGUGUGUGUUGUUACCCUCAAGUUUACCUUGAUGUGGUGAUGUGUUAUUGGAUAUCAGAAUUUAAUGUGCAUAUUGUGAGGGUUUCUGAUGUUAUAUGCAUCUCACUUCAGUCUUUAGCUUCUAUAGUUCAUGGAGAUUUUGUUUUCUUUUUUGCUUCGCUGUUUAGUGGAAUGAGAUAGAUUGAACAGAAAACUAGGUUAGUGUAACUAAAAUCUGCUGACAGGAUGUGUUUUCGAAUGAUAUGUUGAUGUCCGGUUUCUAAUGUUUUUAUGGUAUC